CACGGCCGUGUGGGUCGUGGCCGUGUGGAAAUCACCGAGCCUUCACACGGGCAGCUAGGAAAGCCACACGGCCGUGUGGCCUGGCCACGUGAUCGGGAAUUUCUGUUUAAAACUCGAUUUUCAGCCAAAGGAAAGGGGAGAGCUGGGUUUUUGGUUCCCAAACACCCAAGGGACGAACCCUAGAGAGAGAGCGACUUGGGAACAUUCUUGGAGCUAUUUUGGAGGAUUUCUUCGCCAUUGGAUCUCGGGAAUCAAGCUUGGAGAUGGAGAUUGAAGAUCUAGAUCAGAUUUCUGCAGUCUCUCUCUUCUCUGUGGAGUAACUUCCCUUCACUUAGGUUUUGAGGAACCCUAGUUCCAUGUGUUAGGAUCUUUCUUGUAUGAAGUUUUGGAUGCUAUAUUGUUUGAUUAUAAUCGAUUGAGGCAUGAUUUAUUGAGUCAAUUGAAUCUUGAUCAAAUUCUCUUGAUUUCUGCUUUAACCUAUGAUAGAUAGAAUCUGAUUAGGUUAAGAGAGCUUCCUUGAUUGAUGGCGGUGAAUUGGUUAUACGAGAGUUAGUCAAUCUACUGCUUUGUACUGGAAUCCAAUUCCGGUAGUGGAGUUCUGUGUUCAUAGCCUCAGAUUUCUAUCCCGGUGAAGGUUAGUCGCCUGCCGGGUAGUUGGACUGAGAGGGUUUGGUCAGCUUAAGAGAUUCCAAGCUACUGUCGGAUCUUCCGCAGUUUAAUCAACAGUAGAUCAACCAAAGGUAAUUGCAACUUGGACCUAAUUGAGGAGCUAGGGGGAAUCAUACCUAAGUGAGUUCACAACUUGUAAUUAGUAGAGUAGUUUAUAAAUCAAUCCUUAAUCUAGUUUGCUAGAUAAUGAACUGAAGCUGAGUAAUAGUAACUCUAGAGACACGUGGAUUCGAUAUUUAUUACUUGUGCCACUAUACUGCAGUCCCUUUCAUUGGUUACACUUGGCCAUUGUUAGGUGUUGUGUUUUAGCGUGUCAAGUUUUUGGCGCCGUUGCCGGGGACUUUCUAGAUUAUUAGGAAAGGCAGAAGUUUGUUACUUUAGUGUUUUUCUUUUGUUUUCCGCCCUUGCUUUUCACUUGGGUGUUUUUUUUGUUUUUGUUGGUGCAGAUCUGAAUCAUGGACCCUCAUGGCUUCUCCAAUCAUUAGGGGUAUCCACCACCAUCCGAGUGGUAUUACCCCGAGAAUCCCUGGAGUAACCAAGGAGGAGAAGACUAUGGAGUCGGGUUUCAGUACCAACCCCCUACUACGAAGAACAAUCAGACCCCUGGGUAUUUCAAGAACAAUCUCCUUAUCAAGAAGAAUUCCUCCCACAACAAGAAAGGCCAUCAGAUCUUGAGUUCGCCACAGCCUUCACGGGCGAUCCGGCAGAGCCAUGCUACACUCCACAGCCAGAUCCAAACUAUCACUUGAGGCUUCUUGUGGAGCAGAUUGCUCGAGUACCUGAGAGAUCCUUUCCCGAGAUGGAUCCACAUAUGUAGGCCAUCAACCUUGUUGGAUGGGAAAAGAUGAUCUUGCCAAAGAUCCAAGGAGGAGCUGGCCUCCGCUCCGUGCGGAAGGCCAAUCUGGCCAUGCUUGCAAAGAGUGGGUGGAGACUCCUAAAAGAGAAGGAUGUGCUUUGGACGCAGAUGGUCAAGGACAAGUACGUCCGGAACAAAGAGAAUCUUGAUCUCUUUCGUCAUGUUCAGGGAAGUUCCUUUACCUGGAAAAGCUUGACCAAAGCUUCCUCCCUUCUUAAAGAGGGAUGCGCUUGGAAUAUUAAAAAUGAGAAUACUACUAAGUUUUGGCACGAUUCUUGGAUUGCGCAGGAACCUCUCAAGAACCUGGCGGUCGAGGAGAUUCCUAGCUCGCGCAUGGAGGAGGUUGUGGCAGAUCUGGUGACUGAAGAGGGAGAAUGGCGCACCGAUAUGUUCGAGGAUAUCCUUCCACAAGAGAUUCAGCAGAAAAUUACAGGGGUGGCAGUGGAUAAGCUCUCCAUCGAGGAGGAUACUCUUUUCUGGUCGCUGUCCUCGACUGGACGUUUCACCACCAAGACCGCCUACCAGUCUCUUCUGCCCCAGGAGGUCGAUCGUGAUGAGAAGUAUUGGAAGAUCAUAUGGAGCCUGCCCGUUCCGGAGAGGAUUCGUUGUUUUAUGUUUCUGGUUUGCCUUGGCAGGAUCGCGACUAAUGUCCUCCGCUUUUCCUGGAAGUCAGCCGCUUCUCCCUAUUGUGUGCGGUGUAAUGGGAGAGCUGAGACUGUCCUUCACAUUCUCAGGGAUUGCCCUCCGGCGGUUUAUUUCUGGACAAGGCAGGUCCCCAUUGCUAAUCAACAAAGAUUUUUCUCGGCAGACACAUCAGGAUGGCUUCGGAUGAAUUUUAUGGAGGGUGAGUGCGAGAAGCUAGGGGUCAGUUGGGAGACUCUGUUCAGUAUUGCCACUUGGCUCCUGUGGAAGAACAGAAACGACAUGCGUUUCAAAGGUUUGUCUUCCACCCUCACUCCUCCCUCAUUGGCCCAUUCGAUUCUUGCCAAGACAAAACUCUGGAGUGAAGCUUGGAGUGCCCCAUCACUGUUGCCGAGCCGAAGGGCGACCCCUGUCAACAGGGUUAUGGCGGACAUCGCUUGGAGCUCGCCUGUGGAGGGGUGGGUGAAACUGAACAUCGACGGAGCCUCUAAUGGGAAUCCCGGGAUGGCUGGGGUUGGUGGCGUCUUGAGAGACAGUAUGGGGCAUUGGAUUGUUGGAUUCAUGGCGAAGAUUGGAGAAGCUACUGCCGCUCUGGCAGAAUUAUGGGCCUUUUAUCACGGCUUGGAUAUUGCUUGGAAGUCCGGGUACCGACAGAUUGUGGUUGAGUCUGAUUCUCAGCUGGCCAUUCAGUUACUCAACAACUGACAUGAUCCAGUUCAUCCCUAUGCCACCUUAUUAGCUGCUAUUCGCAGGAGAGUGAGUCGUGACUGGCUGGUGCGCAUCGUUCAUGUGUACCGGGAAAGGGAAUAGAGUCGCGGACUGGCUCUCGAAGCACAGUCUCGUCUAUCCCUACGGGUUACAUGAGCUUGCGUAUCCGCCGUCAGGAGCUAUGGCCAUCCUCGAAGAUGAUGUGCAGGGAGUCUCGUUCGAACGACGGAUUGUUUCCCGCCAGGAUAGUUCUUCCUCACCUCACCCCCUUAUGUAACUUUCUUUGCUUGGCUUGCACCUCCUGCUAUGCAAAAAAAAAAAAAAAAAAUGAGAGAGUCGGUGUGUAAACGAGCAUUCAAUUUCCCCUCCUAAAAAUGCUUCUAGAUGCACUGUUAGAAAGAGAGUGAUCAACCAUCUAUAAUACGACAUACCCAUCCCUUAUUGUCGUGGUAUAACUUUAGUUAGGCAUGACUAUUGUGUAGGAAUGUGUUAGCGUGGUUACUGAAUUUUAAGUAAGCAUGGUGACUAUCGAAAUUUACAUCCUUAAUUAUUUUUAUUUCAUUCUAUUUUUAAAUUGACGGUAAUGAUUAGAUUAAGGGUAAUUUUGGAAACAAAAAAUUGCCAUACCUGAUUACUCUGUAUAUUCUACCAAAACUCUAGUGCAACCCAUCUUCCCAAUCGUCUCUACCAAACUCCCUCUCCCUCUCUCUCUCUCUCUCUCUCUCUCUCUCUCUCUCUCUCUCUCUCUCUCUCUCUCUCUCUCUCUCUCUCCCAAACGUCCACCAGAAAUCAAUCUCUCCAGAGAAACCCUAUACCACACAAUCAAUCUCUACCAAACCCCUCAGAAAUCAAUCUCUCCAAGAGUCCCGACCUAGUUUGCCUUAUUCACCCGAUUCGUAAAGGCUGCUACGGCGAAGACCACGGUGUCACCCAUGCCGGAUGCAUGUGGAGGUAGAGAACAUGGCGCUGAUCUCUGGCGACGGGACCAAGCUUCCGGUGAUGAACGCGGCGGAGCAGGCGAGAGGCGAUGCAAGCAGGGGUAACUCCCGUCGGCGGUGGUUAGGGGUAUUGUUUUGGUACUUGUUUGGUUUUUAUUUUGGUAUUGAUUUGGUUUUAUUUUGGUAUUUGUUAGUGUAUUAACGAUUUGGUAUUGACUAAAUCUCCUCUCCAGAGAAUAUAAAAACAUAGAUCUAGGUUUUUUUUUUCAUUUUGGUAUUGGUUCGUUUCUAAUGUGGUCUUGGUUGUUUUAUUUAUUUAUUUUGGUAUUGAUUCAAUGUUAUUUUGGUAUUUGUUUGGUUUGAAUUCAUAGUGGUGUUGGUUUGAGUGUAUUCGUAUUGGUAGUGGUUGUCAUGUAUGUUUUUCAUAAUGGUACUGAUUGUCUAGGAGAGUAUGAAUUUUUCGUAUUGGCAUUGAUCUUUCUUGGAUUUGUAUUGAUUUUGUCAAGGCUGGUAUGAAUUUUGCGUAUUGGUAUCGAUUUUUCUUGGAUUAGUAUUGAUAUUUUGCUAAGUAGUCAGAGAAAGUACAAAUGGGUACAAUCGAUCAAGCACAAUGAUGAAAGGUCAUAGGAAGGCAAGGAAGCCGAAUCAUAUGGAAGGAGAGUUAUAGAGCAAAGAGUUUAGUUUUUAUAAAUUAUUUUGCCACUGUAAUUAAUUCAAUGUAAUUAACAUAAAUGUAAGUAAUUUUUUUAUAUUCAAUACCAAUCCAUCCAAACAAAUUUAUAUUAAUACCACAAUAUCAACACUAUCAAUAUAGCAUACACACCACUACCAAAACAAUAAACAUUAGAAUAUCAU